UCAAAGCUUCCACAUCUGCUCCUGCUCCUGCUCACGGGGGGAACUUUGGAUCUUCCGUUUCGGCUUCCCGUCUCGUCCUUGCCUCGACUUCAUUCGUGUCCUUCUUUUCGGCAUCCAUUCUUAUCUUCAUUUCCAACCCAACCCGUCGCGUCCGACCUCUCUGUCUCAUUAUCUAGCAUCACCAUAAGCAUCUCGCCUCUCACUUUGCCCUUGCAUCCGCCUCGCAUUCGCCCCCGGACACUUUUCCGUGACAUCAUUAGGGGGAGCCGCUGCAGCUGCAUCCUCAUCUCUCUCUCAACUCAAUCCAGAAAAACCGCCUGUCUGCCAUCAUCGACAAAGGCAGUGCAAAGCCCGAGCAUCCGCCUCGUUGCGAGCCGUCCUCUCCCGCCGAUCCCUCCCCUCCUCCCGCUUCACGCUUUUGCGUCGAACCCCGUCAAUACCGCCAAGCUGUCUUCCCCAAUCUUACUUCAGCGCACCGUCUCCUACGACGCGGGUACCAAACCUCCGCGCCGGGGCAGCAUCUACCUCAACAUGCCCGACCGAAACACGGCGGCCGGCGCUCGGAGGAGAAGGUCUAGCAGCAUCCUCCAGGUCUACCAUGAGCCUCCCGAGACUCUCGAGCAGAUUAGCGACCAGGCUUCCCUCCCUAACCUCAACGCCAACUGGACCAACGCCAAAGGUGCCUGGACUAUCCACAUUGUCCUGAUCGCUUGCUGCAAAAUUAUCUACGAUGCUCUCCCUGGCGUCUCCCAAGAGACCUCGUGGACACUGACCAACAUGACCUACAUGUUUGGCUCCUACAUCAUGUUCCACCACGUCCGUGGCGUUCCUUUCGACUUCAACAGCGGCGCCUUUGACAACCUCAACAUGUGGGAGCAAAUCGACAAUGGCGCCCAGUACACGCCUACCAAAAAAUUCCUUUUGGGCGUUCCCAUUGCCUUGUUCCUCGUCAGCACUCAUUACACACAUUACGACUUGACCUAUUUCAUUAUUAACUUGCUUGCUGUCUUGGGUGUUGUCAUUCCCAAGUUGCCAGUCAUCGGAUGCGAUUCGGGCUCUUCUCAGGUGUUCCGGAGGAUUAGGAAACGGAUGAGGAAGCACAAUGACUACUACUACGGACCGAACUUGCUCGACUGGCGUCAGGGGCGUUAG